AUGGUCUACAUUCCCUCCAUUGCCUCUUCUCUUGCUCUCCUUACUCUCGCUGCCUCUUUUGCCCAAGCAGCUACUACUUGUACCGUUGCCAAAGAUGCUUCUGAUGAUGCUACCACUAUUACUGCUGCCUUCAAUGCUUGUAAGAACGGUGGUACCGUUGUCUUUACUAAAGGUCAAACCUACAAUAUGAAAUCCUUGGUCAGUGUCAGCGGUCUGAAGAACGUCAAUGUUCAAUUCUACGGUACUGUCAAUCUUCCUGCCUACAAUACCAAAUUUGAUGGCGGAAGCUCCUACUUCUUCAUCAAGGGUGACAAUAUCCAUUGGGAUGGAAAGAACCUUGGUAAUUUUGUCGGUGGUGGACAAGAUUGGUGGAAUGCUCAAGAUAAGAAAGCUCCCAGUGUCUUCAGAAUCACUGCCACUGCCUCCAGCUUUGUUAGCUUCAAAAUCUCUCAAUCUCCCAGAGCUCACUUGGGUGUUACCAGCUCUGAUGAUGUCCUUCUUCAAGAUAUCACGCUUCAUUCUGUCUCUGGCAACAGCAACUUGCCCAAGAACACUGAUGCUUUGGAUAUUUCCAACAGUAAGAACAUUGUUGUUCAACACUCGGACUUUACUGUAGGCGAUGAUUGUCUCGCCAUCAACGGAAAUGUCUCUAAUGUUACUCUUACUGAUGUCACUUGCACCAAUGGUCAUGGUUUCAGUGUUGGUUCUCUUGGUAAAGGCGGUGAAACUGAUGUCGUCAAGGACAUUACUGUACAGAACAGUGCCUGUAUCAACUGUCAAAACGGCGUUCGUAUCAAGACCUGGCCCGGUGGAAAGGGCUCUGUCAGCAAUGUCAAGUUCAAGAAUGUUAAUUUGCCUAGCGUCGAGAAUGCUGUCCUGAUUACUACACAUUACUGUGACAAUAAUCAAAUGAGCUACUGUAACGGCAAAGACGAUGCCUCCUUGACUAUCAGCGAUGUUAACAUUAGCGGUUUGACCGGUUCCAUGUCUGGCUCGAACCCUAUCGUCAACAUCAACUGCUCCAAAAACACUCCUUGCUCUGGCUUCACACUCUCCGGUGUUACCAUUAGCAAGAACUCCAAGACCAAGGCUAAUGUUUGCACCAAUCUCAGUGGUUCCAGCAGUAUCAGCUAUUGUAAAUAG